AUGUCGGAAACUCUUACCAAAAGACUAGCCAGCUCUAACACGGGUUCUCGUCAGUCGAGGUCUUGCAAAGUCUGUCGCACUCGCAAGGUCAAGUGUGAUCGCGUGAAACCAUGCCACGCUUGCUGUACGCACGGGUAUCCGUCGCACUGCAUCUACGACAUUGCCCCUGGCGAAGAUUUCCGGCCACUAUCCCAGGCCGAUGAAAUUCGUAAUUUGCGGAAUGAGAUUCGAGACUUGAAUUCGCGGAUUGAAGAUUCGAGUCCGUCGCAACGGCGCCUAAAACAGCUGCGAAACUUUUUCGAAACGAUCCGAACUGCUUCCGACGAUGUAGUAGACCGUCUCAUCGCCGAAAUCAGAGGGCAAGGGCAAUCGAGCCACCGGGACAAGCGCGCCGAACCAUGGAUGGAAUCAUACAGUGGCACAAAAUACGUCAACGCCGACCGCGUGCGUGGCGAGAAUGCGGAACAAGACCUGUCGGUGGUCCCGCGUAGAUAUAGCCGAGAUGCGUCCGAAGAAAGCGAUUCUGCUUACGGGUCUAUCUGUCGCAUGGACUCGACGUCUUCAAUGCUCGACGUUUUCAUCGAACGGUUCGUCGACGCUUUUAGUCCAGAAGUCGACGCGAAAGCUGGCGAGGCCGGUGCGAUACGACGGGCUGCCGAGAUUCGAAUGUUCUCACCUAUCCUCCGCGAUGCCUUCGAGUCAGUCAGUCAGGUCUUCUUCGGGCGUUCCGUCGAGAACCAGACCGUCGAGGUCAGAGGAUUCUCUGCUUACCCCCGGGUUUUGCGAAGCCUGCAGGAAGCCUUGCUGGACUCGGAGCGGAGCAAGGCAGAGUCCACACUGGCCACGGUUGUUUUGUUAAUGGCGUUCGAGAGUGUGGAACGUACUGGCCAAGCUUCACUGAUAGCCCAUGUUCUGGGCGCAUUACGUCUGAUUCAGCAUCGCGGUCCCGAAAACCACAUGUAUGGCGUGGAGCACCUCAUCUUCACCGAGCUCCGACCAUAUUGGGUUUCAGCAUCGUUCACAGCCCGGAAGCCAUCAUUCCUCGCCCAAGAGAACUGGAAGACAGUACCUUGGUCGGCUGGGACAACCCCGAAGAACAUCCUCCACUAUCUACUUGAUCUGGCGGUUGAGAUACCAGGCUUUCUAUCACAGUACGACGACCUUCAAGCGGGUAUCGACUUGAAUAUACUCAGUCCGCAUGAAAAGUCGGUCAAGCAGAUUGCGUUGUGGAAUGGGGUCGGCGAUCUCACCAACCGCUUUACCUUAUGGAAAAUAAACUCUGUAGACGGCUAUCCUGACGGACCACCAGCAGAAGUCCCCGCGGCGGUAGAGGACGCAGCCCAGUUUCCCAUUUUCCGCUGUCGCGACCUCCGCACAGGAGCCGUCAUCACGCCUACAAAAUUUGAAUACCCUGAUCUACUCCUGACGCAAACUAUGUGCAUCUACUACACCGCGCGUCUGAUCUUAUCAUCGGUUGACACCCGGCCAACAGAUCGAGUCGGACCCCUGGAGCAGUAUCAACUCGCCUGCGGAAUCUGCCGCAGCCUUGAGUGGUACAUUCUCAAGUCCCCCGGUAAUAUGAUCAACCGACUCGCGUUUCCUGUUCGUGUCGCUUGGGAAGCCUUUCCAGACGGUGGUCCUGAACGAAGAUUCCUCUGGGAGGUCUUGAAGCUGGUGGAGAAACGUCACUCACUCGCCCUUUGGGGCAGCGGUAUGGAGGAGCUCUCCGUGCGACAUAAUUCCCCUCCCAGAGCUACCCAUUCCACGGUGGGCGCCUAG